AUGAAAUCGUUACUACUAAUCACAUUGUUGGCUAUGUUCCUGUGCGUCGUCAUUCACGCACUCAAUCCAUAUCAUGUGCAUUCAACCUACGAAAAACGUCUCUAUGAUGAUCUCUAUCGGAACGCGUUGAACUAUGGACGUAGAAUGGAUGAAUUGGAUGGAACAUUGGAUUUACAGAAAAUAUACCAGAAUUUUGCAAAUUGA